AUGUCAAAGGAUUCCUUACUAGACCCUCCUUCCUCCAAAAGCCAGCAUCAAGGCAGAACAAACAAGAAUGGCGUGCCUGAAUUCAGGCAAAACGUAACCAAGUUGGAUGUCAAAAUAGACAAUCAGGUCAAGUACGAGUUUGGUGGUCCUGUGGGUGUUACAGCCAUGAUGCUGGGCUUUCCUUGUUUGAUGUAUUACUUUUGGGUGUGUCUUGAAUUUCACCAAGGUAGGCUCAUAUACCCAUCCGAUCUAUCCCAAUGCAAAUCCUGGGUGGCGCAUGAACUCUGGGCCAAGAUCAAGAUGGGAGCCUAUCCCUCCAAGUGGGCGGUUCAAAUGUACAUGGGCUAUAUCUUGUUUUCAUUUGUGUUGGCCUACAUUAUGCCCGGCCCUGUGGUGGAAGGAUUGCCAAUCCCAUCACUGAAUGGAAAGAGGGCAAGUGUAUUUCGUCUGAGCGGAUUAAUUGACCAUUUUGGAGAGCUCAUGACAGUAGCUAUUAUUUGGGGAUUCACUAUGUCCACAUGGGUGUAUGUCAUCAGUGUAGCUAUGAACAAGACGCAUCGCAUGUCGGGUAAUUUCUUUUACGAUUACUUUAUGGGCGCAUGCUUGAAUCCAAGAAUUGGUAAGGUGGAUCUCAAGAUGUGGGCCGAAAUUAGACUGCCUUGGCCUGUGCUCUUUUACUUGUCCCUGUCUUGUUUGCUGAAGCAAUACGAGACCUAUGGUAAAAUCACAGCGCCUGCCUUCUUUAUGGUGCUGGCUCAUUUCUUGUACGUCAAUGCCUGUCAAAAGGGAGAAGAGUGUAUUCCAACCUCCUGGGACAUCUUUUACGAAAAGGAUGGAUUCAUGCUUAUUUUCUGGAACAUGGCAGGUGUGCCAUUCACCUACUGCUAUUCCUCCAUCUAUCUGAUGAAGUAUCAAUUGACUACUGGACAUGCCAUUACGCAUAGCUGGGCCUUUACUACUGCUAUUUUCACUUUGUUGUUGGUAGGUUACUACAUUUUCGACACUGGCAACUCUCAAAAGAACCGCUUCCGCAUGGAGCAAAACGGCUCAUUCAUUACGCGCAAUGCCUUUCCUCAACUACCUUGGGGCCAUAUCAAGAAUCCCUCUUUUAUUCGCACAAAGCACGGAAAUUUAUUGCUGACUUCUGGCUGGUGGGGCAUUGCAAGAAAACCACAUUACACUGCGGAUCUCAUGAUGGCUAUUUCUUGGGGCCUUAUCACUGGAUUCUCGUCUUUCCUGCCCUACUUUUACUUUUGCUUCUUUUUGUUUGUGCUGGUACAUCGCGUGUCGCGAGAUAUGGAGCGAUGCGCAAACAAAUAUGGCCAAGACUGGGUUGAAUACUGUCGCCGAGUUCCAUAUAUCUUCAUUCCAUAUGUGUUUUAA